AUGCCUAGAUAUUCUCGUUCCACCUCCAUUAAGCCCCUUACCCUACCCUUUCCUCCCGUUAUAACGAUAGAAGAACUUCUAGCAAAUGCUGUUAAAUCUAAGAAAGCCAACGUGACCAUCCCAAAUUCUUUUAUCGCAUACAGAAUGGCGUUGCAUAGAGAGUAUCGCAGUAAACAUAUGAAAUUACCCCCCAUGAAAAUGUUUUCUAAGAUUGCAAAAUCUGCUUGGAAAAAAGAAUCACAAAUCGUUAAGAACGAAUACAUUAAGCUAACCAAGGAUGCCAAAACUUUGUACGACGAGGGGAAGAAGUUUCAAGAAAGCGGGAGUGCCGUACAUGUCGAUCAUUAUGAAGUAACCAAAGUAACCGAAGUAAUCGAGUGUUCCGAAAUGAAACCCAAAGUAACCGAAGUAACCGAGGAAGCACAAAAAGGGUGUUCCGAAAUGAAAGAUCCGAAUUUGGAAUGA